CCCGCCCGGCCAGGCCAGCUCCUCCGGAGGCGGCUGCGCUCUGCGCGCAGGGAGCACGGCCCAUGCAGGUGCAGAAUCCCCCUCGCUAUAUGGCCGUUGUGAGAAGCGCAACCCUGUGGGAGAGAAACCAACCCCAUGAAAAUCCCAACCCUCAUCAUGAAAGAACUGUCUUGCCUUGCUCCAGAUUCACGGCUCACAUGAAGAAUUUCUCUGAAUUUCUUAAAGUUAGCAGUCUGCAUUUACUACGUUUUCCAGUCAUUCCAGAAAGGUUUCAGACUCCUAUGACAUAUGGAAAACUGCUUUCUACUCGCCGUUAUAUUGUCCCCAGAUCUCCCGCUGUAAGUGCAGCUUCUUUGGAAGAAGAAAGCUGUGGAGAAGCCAUAACUGUUGAGAAGCUCCCGCCUACACCACCCAGUGAAUGUGAUGAGAAAUCACAGACCUUCACUGCUACACAGAAAGUUAAUAAGAGAGCCAGGGAAGCAGUCAAACAGGCCUGGAACUCUACAUUUAUGGAAAAGCAAAAGAUAAGGAAGCCUACUGCAUCCCACACUCUAAACCCAGUGCAUCUGGAAGCUGCAGGCACACACAUUAACAGACAGGAGAAAUUUCCAAACAAGUCUUCUUCUAGCAAUUCCAAGAGCAAGUCUGUCCUGAGUAGUCCCACCUCGAGACCCUACACUGCCAUUGGCCUAUGUAGGAGAAGCCAGAUUCCAUUAGCCCCUCGCAGCUUCUCCUGGAGUUCCUCUGAGCCCAAGCUGGAGGAAAGGGUGGCAGCCAAAGUAGGUGCUUGGGCACACCCAGAUUUCCAGAGCCAGCGCCUGGGCACACCCAGAAGUCCCAUCCGAAGGGGCGCAGUUGCCAUGGCACCGGAGAUGCACUGCAGGCAUCCUCAGCCCGGGGCAAAAAGGGGGCCCGUAGCAGCCGCCUCCUUCCAGAGCAAUCUGGCAGAAGCGCCCCUUCCUCGGCUGGCCGGUGCUCCCAACCAUCUCCCCUCCAAGAGGUUAACCAAGGUUUGCUCUCCACCCCCUCCCCCACCCCAGCGUUUCCAUACGCUCAGUUCACAGGCCCCUCCCAGGCCGGGGGUGAAUGCUCACUUACAUUCACCGCUGCGAGGGAAUUGUUCCCCCAGCGCUGCCCAUCCUCAAAUCAAUGCCUGCCCAGAACAACAGAGAGGGCCUCAGAUGUACCGGUUUCCACAGAACCUUUGUUAGGCUUUUGUCAAGCAGUUUUGAACCUAAUAAAUAAUGUCAAAAGUCUCUA